AACAAGAUUGGCACGGCCACUUACGGAAAUCUAGAUUACGGCACUGCGGUGCUCGUCGUACGUUCAUGAGCACGCCUGACACACUCUGUACUCAUCACCUCGCAGCCCUUUGAGAACAACUUGCUGCCACCAAUUAGACCUCAAUCCCCAAACAACACUGCCGUAAUCGGAGUCGGCGGCACAUCGCUCGGGGGUCUCCCAACCGGACAGAUCGGAAUCACUCCUCAAUCCACCAUCAAACCUGCCGGCACGACAAAGUCUUUCGAUCUCGACAGCCUGUAUAUCGGAUGUGCACUGAAUACAAUGGUAUCCCUAGCCGGUGUCAGAACUGCGUGCGGUGUCACGGUCACGGGCAAGGACAUCUUUGGCAAUAAUCUUCCUUCUCAGUCCUUGGAAUGGGGCCCGGAUCAACUGACGGGAAGUAGUAUGGAGUUUUGGAAAUUGAAUGGAAUUGUGAAUGCCAAGGAAGUUACGGUUAAGAUUACGAGUUCUUUGUCUCAGACUGCGACGAUUGUGUUUUUGGACAAUGUUAGGUAUUGUGUUAGGACGUGAUGGUGAGUGGAAGGAGACGAGCACACAAAUUCUAAGGGAAGAAAGGACGGGAGAGUAAUAUGCAUACAUACAUACAUACAUACGCGUCAAGAUCUGGCGAUUUAGGUACAGUAGUCAAGAGCAUAUGUGACUUUACGCUAC